AUGCAAGACAACAAUAUCAUCAACAUAUUACAGAUCAAUACUCAGAAGAGCAAGGCUGCAUGCUCACACCUCAUCCAUACUGCUAACGCCAGGAACAUCGACUUAAUUUGUAUCCAGGAGCCAUACCACAUAAAUAACAGCAUAGUUAGAUUUGGCCGUUGGAAUGUACUUUCUGGAAAUGGAAACACAACUCCAAAAAGUGGCAUCAUCUGUUGUAAUCCCAGACUUGACAUCGCUAAAAUCCCGCACUUAUGCACCCAAAAAUUGACAACGGUUAUUCUUCAACUCACCGACCCUAUCAUUAUUAUCAGUGCGUACUUUUCACCUGAAGACAGAGACGAGGACUGUAUCAAAGAACUCUCGGACACUUUACGAAAAAUUAAAAACAAAAAUUUUAUUGUCAUGGGAGAUCUGAACGGCAAGAGCCCCAUUUGGUUCCACGAAAAAGAGGACCGAAGGGGCAGAAUGAUAUCCGAUGUCAUGGAAGAAUUUAAUUUAAUAUCAACGAACAUGACUACUUAUCCCACGUCCUAUACCCCACAUGCCAAAGGGUGGACUGACGUCUGCCUUGUCUCCGACAAUCUAUCACACAAAAUAGAAAACUGUGAAACCCUGCUUUGCCCUUCUGCCAGCGAUCACCGUUUCAUCCUGACACAAAUUACCCACGAGGCUUACGCCAAUAACAACCAGAUGAACUCUUUAUCAAACUAA